AUGGGAUACCUUGCGGUGGAAUCAGGUGUGGGUGGCUUCGUCUCAGAUGGUUCCACUGUCCUCUACAGCGUGAAAGAAUCGGGCGAAGUGGUGAUCGGCGUGGAUGACGGACCUGUUUCCGUCCCUCUGGACACCGAUUUGCAGACCACGCCUCUGGUGGUUGCAUCUGCAAUGACACGCUUGGGGUCGGAUGGUGGAUGGAUUAGGAUGGCAUCGGCCGAUUCCAGUUCAGUCAUCCUGUAUGUUGAUGAGGAUGUGAAUUGUGACACUGAGAGGAAGCACAGAACAGAACAGGUUGGCAUCAUGGCGUGGCAUCGGUUGGCCUUGGGUCUGAACCCCAUGGAUCAGCCUGCUUUGAUAUUCGGGAGUGAAGGCCGUGCUUGUCGCGGGGCACAUUCCAACGACAACAGCGGCAGCUACUACACGGCCUUGAGCGGAGUGGCCGACAUGGAUGCGUGCAAAGCACACUGCGUCGAAACUGAGAACUGCGUCGGCAUUGAGUACAAUGCGGGUGGACGGUGCGAAGUGUGGACUCGAGAUGGAGGGAUCCAGGCGUCCAUCGCGCUCAACAACUAUUGGUGCUUGCGCUAUGGUGCCCCGACGCUCUCGGGCACCUUUGAGCCAGUGGACGGCGGUGUAGGCCGCGUGUGCCGUGGAGCGCAUGAAAACGACAACCUCGCCCACUACUUUGAUGUUCAGAGUGCGCCUUCAUUAGACGGCUGCAAAGCCAUCUGUGCUCGCACUGCUGGUUGUAAAGGCAUCGAGUACCACGAGACCGGGCGUUGUGAGAUUUGGCUUCGGGAGGAGGGCAUCGAGGCUUCCAGAGCUUUGGCAGGUUACACCUGUCUGCGCUUCAUUCCAACGUGA